AUGGGCCACUGUACCGCCUCAUCAUGCUGCUGCCAGGCCUGUAAUCUGCCAUGGGCCCCUGUACCGCCUCCUCAUGCUGCUGCCAGGCCCGAAAUCUGCCAUGGGCCCCUGUACCGCCUCCUCAUGCUGCUGCCAGGUCCAGAGUCUCUCAUGGGUCCCUGUACGGCCUCCCAUUGCUGCUGUCUCCAUCGCCACACUCUGCCAUGUGCCACUUUCAGGUCUCCUCACUCUGCUGGUGUGUUACAUUUUUUGUCAUAGGGUGCUGGCAGAUUACGGGCCUCCCAUUGCUGCUGCCAGGCCCGUAAUCUGCCAUGGGCCCCUGUACCGCCUCCUCAUGCUGCUGCCAGGUGCAGAGUGUCUCAUGGGUCCCUGUACGGCCUCCCUUUGCUGCUGUCUCCAUCGCCACACUCUGCCAUGUGCCACUUUCAGGUCUCCUCACACUGCUGGUGUGUUACAUUUUUUGUCAUAGGGUGCUG